CGGGCCCGGGAUGCGCCUGGGGUAGUCCCGGUACGGACCCGGCACGAGCAGCGGCACCGCCUCACACCCGGCACCGGCACGGGCCGCGCCCCCCACCCACCGCACCGUCCGACCGCAGCCCUGCCCAGCGCCCCGGGGCUCCCCGUCCCCGCCAACGGGGGAGGCCCGGGGGCUGGGCGCCGGCGGCUCUCCGGUGCCCGCGGUGCGCGGCCGGCGGGGGCUCGCCGGUGCAUGGGCAGGGAGGCCCCGCCGGGCCGCCGCCCGCCAUGAGAUGAGCGGAGCGCGGCGUCCUGCCUAGAGCCGCCCCGGAGCCGCCGCGGCCAUGGCAUCGGAAGAGGCCUCGCUGCGGGCUCUGGAGAGUCUGAUGACAGAGUUCUUCCACAACUGCACGACAAACGAGCGGAAACGCGAGAUAGAGGAGCUUUUAAAUAACUUUGCCCAGCAGAUUGGAGCCUGGAGAUUCUGCCUGUACUUUCUGUCCAGCACGAGGAAUGACUAUGUGAUGAUGUACAGUCUGACUGUGUUUGAGAACCUGAUCAAUAAGAUGUGGCUCGGGGUCCCAUCUCAAGACAAAAUGGAGAUCCGCAGCUGCCUGCCCAAGCUCCUGCUGGCUCACCACAAAACUCUGCCUUACUUCAUCAGGAACAAGCUCUGCAAAGUCAUCGUGGACAUCGGCCGCCAGGACUGGCCCAUGUUCUACCACGACUUCUUCACCAACAUCUUGCAGUUAAUCCAGUCUCCUGUGACCACUCCCCUGGGGCUGAUCAUGCUGAAGACGACGUCGGAGGAGCUGGCGUGCCCGCGGGAGGACCUGAGCGUGGCCCGCAAGGAGGAGCUGCGCAAGCUGCUCCUGGACCAGGUGCAGACGGUGCUGGGGCUCCUCACAGGUAUUUUGGAGAGCAUCUGGGACAAGCACAGUGCCACUGCUGCCACUCCACCACCAUCCCCGACUUCAGGAGAGAGCGGUGACCUGUUGAGUAGCCUGUUGCAGAGUCCCAGUGCAGCCAAACUCUUGAACCAGCCAAUCCCCAUCCUCGAUACAGACAGUGAAUAUAUCUGUUCCCUGGCUCUGGAGUGCCUGGCACACCUCUUCAGCUGGAUCCCUCUGUCCACGAGCAUCACCCCCUCCCUCCUCACCACCAUUUUCCACUUCGCCCGGUUCGGCUGCGACACGCGCGCGCGGAAGAUGCCUUCGGUCAACGGCAGCAGCCAGAACUCGGUGCUGGGGCAGGAGCGGGGCCGGCUCGGGGUCCUGGCCAUGUCCUGCAUCAACGAACUCAUGUCCAAGAACUGUGUGCCUAUGGAGUUCGAGGAGUAUUUGCUGCGGAUGUUCCAGCAGACUUUCUACCUCCUGCAGAAGAUCACCAAGGAGAACAACGCGCACACGGUGAAGAGCCGGCUGGAGGAGCUGGAUGAGAGCUACAUUGAGAAGUUCACAGAUUUUCUCCGUCUUUUUGUGAGCGUCCACCUACGGAGGAUCGAAUCCUACUCUCAGUUCCCGGUGGUUGAAUUCCUGGCACUGCUGUUCAAAUACACUUUCCAUCAGCCUACACAUGAAGGUUACUUUUCUUGCUUGGACAUCUGGACACUCUUCUUGGACUACUUGACAAGCAAAAUUAAAAGUCGCCUGGCAGACAAAGAAGCAGUGCUCAACAGGUACGAAGAUGCCUUGGUUCUGUUGCUGACAGAGGUGUUGAAUCGGAUCCAGUUCAGGUAUAACCAGGCACAGCUGGAGGAGCUGGAUGACGAGACACUAGAUGAUGAUCAGCAGACGGAGUGGCAGCGGUACUUGCGCCAGAGCUUGGAAGUGGUGGCCAAAGUCAUGGAGCUCUUGCCAACUCAUGCCUUCUCCACACUUUUUCCGGUUCUGCAGGAUAACCUGGAAGUGUAUCUGGGGCUCCAGCAGUUCGUGGUCACUUCAGGGACAGGGCACAGGCUGAACAUCACUGCAGAGAACGACUGCAGGCGCCUGCACUGCUCCCUGAGGGACCUGAGCUCUCUGCUGCAGGCCGUGGGGCGCCUGGCGGAGUAUUUCAUCGGGGACGUGUUCGCUGCCAGGUUCAAUGACGCCCUGACUGUGGUGGAGAGGCUGGUAAAAGUGACGUUGUAUGGAUCCCAGAUUAAACUGUACAACAUUGAAACCGCAGUCCCCUCUGUGCUGAAACCUGACCUCAUCGAUGUCCACGCUCAGUCCCUGGCAGCCCUGCAGGCCUAUGCACAUUGGCUGGCCCAGUUCUACAGCGAAGUUCACCGGCAGAACCCGGAGCAGUUCAUCUCUCUGGUGUCCACGGCGCUGGAGGCCAUCACCCCCCUCAUCAGCUCCAAGGUGCAGGAGAAGCUGCUGCUCUCUGCGUGUCACCUGCUCGUCUCUUUGGCCACCACGGUGCGCCCGGUGUUCCUCAUCAGCAUCCCAGCAGUGCAGAAGGUCUUCAACAGGAUCACAGACACUUCUGCCCAACGCCUCCCAGACAAGGCCCAGGUGUUGGUGUGCAGAGCCCUGUCCAACGUGCUGCUGCUGCCCUGGCCCAACCUGCCCGAGGGGGAGCAGCAGUGGGCCGUGCGCUCCACCAACCACGCCAGCCUCGUCUCGGCCCUCACCAGGGAGUACCGGCAGCUCAAGGCCACGGCCAUCCUGCCCCAGAGGAAAGUGCAGCUGGAGGACACCAAAGUGAUCAUCCAUCAGACACUCAGCGUUCUGGAAGAUAUUGUAGAAAGCAUCUCCGGAGAGUCCACCAAGUCCCGCCAGAUCUGUUAUCAGUCGCUGCAAGAAUCCGUGCAGGUCUCACUAGCCCUCUUCCCAGCUUUCAUUCAUCAGUCAGAUGUGACAGAUGAGAUGCUGAGCUUCUUCCUUACCCUUUUCCAAGGCCUGAGGGUGCAGAUGGGAGUGCCUUUCACUGAGCAGAUCAUACAGACCUUCCUGAACAUGUUCACCAGGGAGCAGCUGGCAGAGAGCAUCCUCCACGAGGGCAGCACCGGCUGCCGGGUGGUGGAGAAGUUCCUGAAGAUACUGCAAGUGGUGGUGCAAGAGCCAGGCCAAGUGUUCAAGCCUUUCCUGCCCAGUGUCAUCUCACUGUGCAUGGAGCAGGUGUAUCCCAUCAUUGCAGAGCGCUCAUCUCCUGAUGUGAAAGCAGAGCUGUUUGAGCUGCUUUUCCGGGUCCUGCACCACAACUGGCGGUACUUCUUCAAAUCCAGUGUGCUGGCCAGUGUCCAGAGGGGAGUGGCAGAGGAGCAGAUGGAGAACGAAGCCCAGUUCAGUGCCAUCAUGCAGGCCUUUGGCCAGUCCUUCCUGCAGCCUGACAUUCACCUGUUCAAGCAAAACCUCUUCUACUUGGAGACGCUGAACACGAAGCAGAAGCUGUACCAUAAGAAGAUCUUCCGGACGACGAUGCUGUUCCAGUUUGUGAACGUGCUGCUCCAGGUGCUGGUGCACAAGUCCCACGACCUGCUGCAGGAGGAGAUCGGCAUCGCCACCUACAACAUGGCCUCGGUGGACUUCGACGGCUUCUACUCCGCCUUCCUGCCCGAGUUCCUGGCCAGCUGUGAUGGGGUGGACUCCAACCAGAAGAACGUGCUGGGAAGGAAUUUCAAAAUGGACAGGGACCUGCCCUCGUUCACACAGAACGUGCACAGGCUGGUGAACGACCUGCGCUACUACAGACUCUGCAAUGACAGUUUGCCCCCUGGAACUGUGAAGUUAUAGUUGCUGCACUGGACUCCUCUUCCACCACUGUAGGGAACGGAUCCAUGUUUCGGUUUGCCACCACCCCCUCUCCUCCCGGGAUUUGUCAGUGCUGCAGGACAUGGGGUCCUGCCCAUGGCCACGCCCUGGAUUCACACACCACGCUUCCUUUUAGUUCUCCUUUCCCAGCCCAAAGGCCCUCAGCUGGAGUCAGCAGGAUGUGUCUUAACGCCCACUCGUGGGGCAUCCCAACCGUUGGAAAACCCUCUCCCGGGGCUUUCCUUCUGCUAUAACGUAGCACUUUGUUGCGUCCGGAGAUUUCUGUGGAGUUGUCUUGAGAGAUCAUGUCGGUAUCAAACACGAGGCAGAAGCGCCAAAGACUAACUUCAGACAUUCAUACCUUCGUGUCAUUCCACCUCCCUGCCCUGCCCAGCUUUCAGAGGAGGAGUCUCCUGAUGUUGGGACUGGUUUGGCACUUCUGUCACUCCCUUUGUUUUUAAAUUGCCUUGAAAACCUCCCCGAUGUUUUCGGGGGUUAGAGACUUUUUUUUGGUUUUUUUAAACAUUUUCUCAUCAUUCCAUUGUGAUACUAAAACGACAUGCUUAAUGGGAAUAAAGUGCUUACUUUGUUGUUUUAAA